CGGUCGGCGCUGAUAUGGUUACAUAUAUGGAUACGAAACUGUUAUGGUUGACAGCUCUGGUUGUGGCAAUGUGCGCAAUCUCUCUUACUUCCGGUAUGUCACUUUACGGAAUGUGCCUGACGACAUGUUCCAAGUGCUCGGACGAGUUCGGCCCUAGAUUUAACGCAGGGAUGUGUCGAGAAAUGUGUGGGGAAACGAAUGGAAAAAGUAUAGAAUCAUCAUGUGAAACAGGUUUCGACGUUGAUAAGCGCUCGAAAGAGAGCGUCCACAUUUGCCGGAAAUACUGUGUCUCGUGCGUACUGCGAUAUGGCCAUAGUUAUAAUGUCGCCAAAUGUGCUAACCUGUGUAUGGAUACGGAGGGCACCAGUAUCGACCCCGAUUGUAUGAACAUGGACAUCUGGAAUACAAAUUUCAGACGCAGGAAUAAUUAACACCAUAGGGGAAAUAUCCUAAAUUUAUUUUUGCAUGAAUGAGAAAAAGUAAUUUAUUUUGUUAUGGAAACAAAUGUGUGAGCUGUAAGACGUGAAACUUUCCGUGUUAUUUUAUUCUUGUGGACGUACUUUCCUGUGACAAACAGGGUGCCGUAACGGACUCAUAUCUUCUUGUGCUAUAGGUGGGUUAGGAUAGAGAUGUUCCGAGUGACCAGGUAUUUGCUGGAUAAAUGUACCGUUCACACUGAUUGCAUUUCACUACGACAGGAGACGGUAACUAAAUACAAGGAUAUUAUUUCUUUUUUAUCAUCCGUUUAUCUACGGAGCGGAGAUAUUGUUCGUUUAUCUCCAUAACACUUUGGAAACUAUCCAGUUCCUACUGGUACAUUCGUAUCGUAUUUGAGAAAGGAACUAUUGGAUCAUUUAAAUCCUACGAAGUCUGUACUCCUUGUCUUAAGACGGAG